AUGUCUCUUCAGUCUGAUCCGCCGCUGUAUACUUCCAAGGAGGAUGGGGGUAAGCCUCAGGACAGCGCCGAGCCAGCGCUCGAGGAACUGGGAUAUACCGCAGAGCUCCGGCGGAACCGCUCAUUAUUCACGCUCCUUUUCCAGUCAUUAUCAAUAGCUGCGAUCCCGUUCGGUGAAAGCGGUGCCUUCAUGCAAACAAUCUACGGUGGCGGUCAGCUCUCGAUAUUCCUUGGCUGGAUUAUCGUCUGCGUCAUGGACCAGACCGUUGCCAUGUCUCUGGCCGAGCUGGCCUCUCGAUAUCCCACAUCUGCUGGUCCGUACUACUGGUCUUUCCAACUGUGCGGGAAACAUGCGAAGCUGCUCUCCUUCAUCACCGCUUGGAUAUGGUUGAUAGGAAACUGGACCGUCACCCUCUCCGUCAACUUUGCCCUCGCCGGACUGCUUGUUGCGACUGUAUCAAUCUUCACCAGCUGGGAGGCAAACGACUGGCAAACCCUUCUCGUAUUCUACGCCAUCUGCGUCCUGACAUUCUUGAUAUGCGGCUUCGGCAACCAGUUCCUCCCGAUGGUCGACACUGUCUGCGCUGCAUGGACUCUCGUCACCAUCAUCAUAGUCUUGAUCUCAGUCUCCGUCACAGCCAAGGUUGGCAGGCAUUCUCCAGGAGACACCCUCGGGCAUUACGAUACCACGCUUUCCGGCUGGAAUGGCUUCUCCUUAUGCAUUGGCUUUCUACCACCAGCCUUCUGCUUCUGCGCCAUGGGCAUGGCCACCUCAAUGGCAGAAGAAGUCCGGUCACCCGCAAUCAAAGUCCCCAGGGCAAUGGCCCUCUGCAUCCCCGUCGGCUGCAUCGCAGGUCUGUUCUUCGUCGUCCCGCUCUGCGCUACCCUCCCAGCCCUGGUAGACAUCACAAACGCACCAAGCGGCCAGGCAGUACCCUACAUCCUGCAGGUCGUAAUGGGGACCCGCGAUGGCGCAGUAGGUCUGGUCGCUCUUAUCCUCGUCUGCGGCCUUUUCUGCUCCAUCAGUAUAACCAACGCGGCAUCCCGCACGACCUGGGCUCUCGCGCGCGACAACGCAAUGCCUCUCUCAAAACUCUUCUCCCACGUCGACAAGCGCCGCCAUAUCCCGCUGUGGGCAUUAGGCCUUGUAACCGUCGUGCAGAUGCUGCUAGGCCUUAUAAACCUCGGAAGCAGCAGCGCCUUCACCGCGUUCCUCUCAUCCAGCGUCAUUGCCCUUGCAACGACGUAUGCAAUCCCAAUCAGUAUUUCCUUAUUCUAUGACCGACGCGCACAGGUCUCCAAGGCCCGCUGGAACUGCGGGAAUGUGCUCGGGAGUGUAUUGAAUCUGCUUGCUCUGGCCUGGAUUGCGUUUGAGCUGGUUAUCUUUAGUAUGCCCACCGUUUUGCCGGUUACGGCCGUGUCGAUGAAUUAUGCCUCGGUGGUGUUUGCGGGACUUACGGUUCUGGCGGCGGUUUGGUAUAUUGUUUAUGCGAGGAAAGUAUAUGUUGGUCCACCGUCUGUAGAGGGGGCGAACGAAACUUGGUGA